GUCAGGGUAAGGCUAAUUUUAGCAGGACAGCUGAAUGUGAGGGGUCAUAAUGAUAGAUAAAGUGGAUACAGUUACCAGUUCAGGCAGUUGUCACGGUCUGUGUCCUCCUUCUGUCGCUUCAAGGGUUUCUCUUUGUUCUUUCUUUCAGCAAAAGAGUCACAAUGCCUCAUGCAUAUCCAUUCCUGACCCCGGAGCAGAAGAAGGAGCUGAGUGAUAUUGCUCAGAAAAUUGUUGCUCCUGGCAAGGGAAUUCUUGCAGCUGAUGAGUCCACAGGGAGUGUUGCAAAGCGCUUCCAAAGCAUCAAUACUGAAAACACAGAGGAGAACAGAAGGCUGUACCGCCAGUUACUUUUUACUGCCGAUGACAGCAUCAAGCCAUGCAUCGGUGGCGUAAUCCUUUUCCAUGAAACCCUCUAUCAGAAAAGUGAUGAUGGCAAGCUUUUCUCUCAGCUGAUUAAGGAUAGAGGCAUGGUGGUAGGAAUCAAGGUGGAUAAGGGUGUAGUACCACUGGCAGGCACCAACGGAGAGACAACUACACAGGGUCUUGAUGGGCUAUAUGAGCGCUGUGCCCAGUAUAAAAAAGAUGGCGCUGACUUUGCCAAGUGGCGCUGUGUAUUGAAGAUCACCCCCACAACCCCCUCUCAACUUGCAAUUUUUGAGAAUGCCAAUGUGCUCGCCCGCUAUGCCAGCAUUUGCCAGAUGCAUGGUAUUGUGCCCAUUGUGGAGCCUGAGAUCCUGCCUGAUGGUGACCAUGACCUGAAGAGAUGCCAGUAUGUGACUGAGAACGUUUUGGCAGCUGUGUACAAGGCUCUUUCAGAUCACCAUGUAUACCUGGAGGGAACCCUUCUAAAACCCAAUAUGGUGACUGCAGGUCACUCUUGCUCCCACAAGUACUCCCCUCAGGAAAUUGCAAUGGCAACUGUCACUGCACUGCGCCGCGGUGUUCCCCCUGCUGUUCCUGGUGUCACUUUUCUGUCUGGUGGACAAAGUGAGGCAGAGGCCACAGUCAACCUGAACGCCAUCAACCAAUGUCCUCUACAAAAGCCCUGGGCUCUUACAUUCUCAUAUGGUCGCGCCUUACAAGCUUCGGCACUAAAAGCCUGGGGAGGCAAGAAGGAGAAUGGCAAAGCCUGCCAGGAGGAAUUUGUUAAAAGAGCCAUAAACAACAGCGCAGCAUGCGUUGGUAAAUAUGUCUCUUCCGGAGAUGCAGGAGCUGCAGUCGGAGAGUCUUUGUUUGUGGCCAAUCAUGCUUAUUAAAUAAACAACACAUUGUGUGCCUAGACCUCCACCAGAAACACUGAUAAUACCAUCAUGACAAUACACAGUGUUUGAUUGCCUUAAAGCAGAAUUUCAUGAAUCACAAUGUGAAUCUACAAUAUUUACAAUGUAAUUAUUUACAUGAAACUAACAGUACAUUUAAAUCACCUAAUAGUGCCUUGUAAAGUGGACUUCACAGGUAUUCAACCAUCUUCAUUGAGAUUUCAAUUUCCAUGCAGUGGGAUAGGGAACAAGUGUACAUCAACAAGCGUACAAGUGUACAACAGAAGUAAAUGUAUGUCCUUGCUUCAGUGCAACAUGAAGUUUGGAUGAAAUAAACAGUAAAAAAAAAGA